AUCUUCUUCACAUUUAAUUAUCAUAACACAAGUAGUAUAAAGUUUUUUAGCAAGAAAAAAAAAUGGGAUUAAAGUUAUUUAUCCUUUUAACCCUUGCUUUGGCUGUUUUUAUAACUUUAACAUCAGAGGUUGCAGCUAGGGAGUUGGUUGAGAGCUCCACCAAUACUGUGGAAAUUAACAAAUCCGAGAUGGAAAAUGAGGUAAAUGAAGCUAAAUUUCCAGGCGAUGGAUUUGGAGGAGGUUAUGGAGGGUUCAUGGGUGGUGGCUAUGGAGGGUACCCGGGGCGUUGGUAUGGAGGAGGCGGAUAUUGUCGCUUUGGUUGCUGCCGGAGGAAUUUCUAUGGUGAUGGUGGUUGCAUUAGGUGUUGUUAUCCUGGAGAAAGUUGAAGUUAUAAAGUUACUCAAACUAAUUACUGAGUAACAUGGUAUUGUGUGUUUUAGUAGUAAUAUACUUUUGUUGAAUAAAUGGUCAAGGGUCGAACAGAAACAUAUUCUCGAUCUUAUAGUUGUGAGACCAUAGUUGAUAUGUUGUUGUUGUUAGUUUUGUUGAAUAAAUGAUUAAGUGUCGAACAGAAAUAUGUUCUCGAUCUUAUAGUUGUGAGACCAUAGUUGAUAUGUUGUUGUUAGUUUUGUUGAAUAAAUGUAUCGUCCAUUUGCUUAUAUGGUUAAUGAGAAAUAAUAUAAUUAAGCAAUUUAAUAUCUA